CUACANGACGGGCUUCAGAACCAGCGCAUCCUGAUGGCCAUCAACGGGAAAGUCUUCGACGUCAGCCGCGGCAGAAAGUUCUACGGGCCUGAGGGCCCUUAUGGUAUCUUUGCUGGGAGAGAUGCCUCCAGAGGUCUUGCCACAUUCUGCCUUGAUAAGGAAGCUCUGAAAGAGGAACACGAUGAUCUUUCUGAUCUUGAUGCCACUCAGAGAGAAACCUUGAAUGACUGGGAACAACAAUUCACAUUUAAAUACCACUAUGUCGGCAAACUGUUGAAGGAUGGAGAAGAACCCACCAUGUAUUCUGAUGAAGAAGAAACCAAAGAGGCUGAAGACCGCAAGAAUGAUUAG